AUUUCAAUGACAUUAACUCUGUUUGGCUUGCGUUGUGAGAACUAGAACCUUUCCUUCUAUGCAAAUUACGCUCAAGGAGCAAUCUUUGUUCGAUUACGAGUUAUAAAGAAGAAUAAAUCGUAUAUUCAACUCUAGAAUUGGAAAGUAUACAGAGGACAGGACAAUAGUAAAAAACUGACCAAAGGUUGGGAAUACUUUUGUCUAUACACAAAUUCGUACAUAAACUACUUACGUCAAGGAGGAUCGAACCUCAAACGAUUCAAGGCUAUUGGUUCGUUCUCCACCUAAAGAACUUUUUGAGACUUUUUGACUAGAAUAACAACGGUAAAAGUGGUGAUGCUUUUGCUUCUCCUUGCACAUAUAUUUCAAGAUUCACCUUUCUUUGUUACUUUGCCAAGAGGAGAUGAAAGAUUCUUAUUUUUCCAUUGUUUCUACGUUUAUAUUCUUUUCUUUUCACUAGUAGACGAAAUUUAUCGAGUAUAUUUAAGAGAGUAAGACCUUUACCAGUUUGGAUAAUCACAUUAUCAAUUUGACUCUGCACAAUUUUAUUCUGCUGAAUAAUACAAAGUUGAAAGAGACAUUUUCCUUCUUUUUAGAGCAAUUUGGAUAAAAAUAUCUUUUCUUCUUUAUGUUUGACUUGUCCCUAUUGGAAAUGAACGUUUCUUGUAUUUAUAGACAGAGCUGAUGGAUGAGAGAAUGGAAAAGAUUUUCUCUUAGCAGAAUCCACAGUAUCAAAUAUCACUAUUGUCUGCAAGUAUUUUCAGAGGAGAAAGAAACAGGAGUUGUUGACUCCUACAGAAAUUGGAUAUUGAUGAUAUGCACUUGUGUGCAGGAGAAUGACUCGGUUAAUACACCAUUGCAAUCUUUCAAAUAUUUCGGAGAUACCUUUAAACACAAUUCAAAACUAAAAGCUUUUCGUUUGAAGGCUAUUUUUGGUGUCAAUUUGCGAUAUUGCAGAGUUGUAGCAAUGAUUCAAAAUGAAUAGACUAUACAUACAUACAUGUUGAAUACAACUAAAAUGAAAAAUAUCCUUUCUUGUCCAAAUACUUCGUAAAGUGUUUACCGAAGAAUAUCUCAAAACAUUCUUCAAGUGUCUGCUAUGUUGUCUUUCUAGUUUGUUGAAAAAAGACUAGUAACUCCUUUUACUAUAAUUCUCAAAGACUGAGACAGAAAAAGUUGUUUGUAGAUUUCACUUGGACUGUCCUUCCUGUCUUUUGUUAACUGAAUAGAAGAGAGUUUUCCUCGGUUUUAGACCAAACGAAAAAAGUGGCGGCAAAAACUUGAGGCUUCAACUUGAGGACCUACACUGCGGUCUUAAAAAGAGUUUUAGCUUCUUGAAAUUCGAUAAAAGCUUAGAUUCCUUUCGUUUUUAUGUGUUUUUUUCAAACUGCAUUUCUAGCCUUGGAAUUCAUAUGAAUGGCUCCUACAAAUAUGAAACUUGUUGGAUCCAAGAGAAAAUAUAGCAAAGGUAAGAACAGAUACUAAAAAAGUAUUUAAGUUUGCAAUUCAAACUCUAUCUCAAAAGUACUAACAACACUAUAUAUCCAAACGCUGUUUUAGUGAAUUAGACUGAAAACUCACCGAUUCUCAGACAAGGAAAGUAACCCGGUUGCAAAGAUGAUGU